AGACUUCAGAAGCAUUCACCUAAUUUUCUUAGUAGACAAGCCCUAACAAGCAAAUAUCAUAUCCCCUUCUUCUAUCUCAAAUCUUCAUUCAAUCCAUUGCUUGCAGAUCUGUUGCAGUAAUUACAAGACAUGGGCGUCACCAAAGUCAAUCAAUCCUUCAAAACCCAAGUGACUCGAGAUAGGAUGUUCAAGGCCCUGAUCCUUGAUUCCCACAACCUCUGCCCCAAGCUCAUGUUUUCAUCAAUCAAGAGCAUUGAAUUCAUUGAGGGCAAUGGAGAAGUCGGAAGCAUCAAGCAGAUGAACUUCACCGAAGCUAGCCCUAUGAGGUAUGCCAGACUUCGGAUCGACGCUCUAGACAAGGAGAAUUUCACGUGCAAGUACACGUUUACCGAUGCCGACACCUUGAUGGAGAAGCUGGAAUCCAUCACCUGCGAGGUGAAGUUUGAGCCUUACGGCUAUACGGGAUGUAUUUGCAGGAUGACGAGCGAGUAUAGAACGAAGGAGAAUGUGGAGAUCAAAGAAGAAGACAUCGAGAUGGGCAAGGACAGAGCCAUUGGCAUGUAUGAAGUUGUGGAAGCCUAUCUCCUGGCCCACCCCCAUGCCUAUAUUUGAAACCUUCAAACAUGUUUGUUUCAACGUAUGCUUUCCUCUUUACUUCCAGAACACUUUUGCCUUUCUUGUUGUGGAUCUUGAAGUUGCUUGAAAGAUAUAUUCUUCAUGUAAAUUUUGGAUAUCUCUGGAAUUGGGUUUUGUUCA